AUGGGGGGUGGAAGAGAUGAGCAACCCGCACCACAUUCGGAGCGCGCACAAUGUGGAGGAUGGAGCAGGGCCAAAGUUCAAACAGCUGAAGGGGGUCGAUUCCUCGCAAUCACACGACCCAAUGUGCAAAUGAAGCAGAAGGUGCAGACCAUAUCCGUCAUCCAGCUCUUCGCCUUCGCUGAUGCCAUCGACUGCCUCCUGCUCUUCAUCGGCACGGUGGGGGCUGUCAUCCAUGGGAGGGCUGCAACUUCUGACUGUGUGAAUGAUCAUGAGAUGCCAGAACGUAAUGUACCUUUGCUUUACCGGCCUCGCGGUUUGCAUCGCAUCUUGGGCAGUGCAGAGGUGGCAGCAUGGAUGCAAACAGCCGAGCGACAAGCUGCUCGCAUCCGUGUCCGCUACUUACAAGCCAUUCUGAAGCAAGACGUGAGCUUCUUUGACACCGACGUCCACACGGGUGAAAUAGUUAGUAGCAUCUCCUCCGACACUCUUCACAUUCAAGAUGCGAUUGGCGAGAAGAUGGGAAACUUCGUUCAAUACGCCUGUACCUUCAUUAGCGGCUUCGCUGUUGCGUUCUCCGCAACUUGGAAGCUCUCCCUUGUUACGCUGGGUGUCUUGCCCCCCAUUGCACUCAUUGGGGUGGCUUACGCUGCUUCACUGACUGGGAUCACUUCCAAGAUCAGCAAGCGUAUGCAGAGGCGGGGAGAAUAG